UGGUGAGAGGCGAAUGCCAAAAGGUAUAGACUUAGCAUGCUGGAAGAGGCAAAACUGCACCAGAAGAUCUUUGUCCAUUGGACGACCCCCAAUUACAGCUGACGGGUGGUCUGAGUCGCUAUACUUCAAUUUCCUCUAUCCGCCAAGGGUGGUCGGAAAAAUAGUCUUCCUCCACUGGAGGAAGUACUCCAGAGGAUGUGACGUUGCGUUGAAGGAGGUAGGAACAGCAGCUGGCCAUCUUGGGCAGAUGUUAAGACUGCUGUGGAUCUCACUGGUACGGACACCUACUCUGCAAUCCCACCAUAUUCAGACUUUUACUACUCUCUCACCCAAGGAAAGGAAAGAGAAUUUGCUUUGGCAGAACCUCAGAGGGUGAGCCCUGGUCUCUCGUCUCUGCCAUUCAGAGCAGCGUGACAAUGCAAUGGUUGACGUAGAGAGGAGACAGAGGCUGAGCGGUUGCCUGCUGGGGAUGCCUGAAUUCCAGGAUGUUCCAGGCUGGGGCCGAGCUCGCCCUGCCAGGCCUUUUCCGAACCGGGGCUCUGACGCUCUUCAACGCCAGCAUUGGUUCCACCUUCACCAGCCACACAUACCCUGCAGUGUGGUGCCAGGUGAGCAGAAGGCACACCAAAGGCCCUCAGGCGUUCUACUGGAUCAGAAGUCUCUACCUCCUGCCUUCCUUUCUGACGUUGUACCAGUUCCUUGCACAGGAUUGUUCCUCCUCCACAGUCGCGUUGCACUCUCCGAGCAACUGCUGAGAAGAAACGCACUGAAAACCUCAGAUUGGAAAGCUGGUUCUGCCCAGAUGUCUAUGAAAUUUGGCCAGAUUAAUCCCCUCCCUCAGAAGGGAAAGCUUGGUCUGCUGAUUUCAUCCAGCUUGACUAAGAAAUGAAGAAUGUCUGUAAACAAUUUCCUUUCAAAUUGUUUACAGGUCCAUCCCCCAGCCCCGCUCUUAUCUGUCUGAAAUUCAGUACCGUUCUUCCCCCGUUAAUGGUUAUUCCUGAGCAUUUCAAGCCGUUCCGUAUAGACGUGUAUGUGUAUGAUAUAUGUAUAUGUAUAUGUAUACGCAUAUGUAUUCUUUAUUUUCCCCAAUGAUAGGCAGUGAUAGAGAGAUCUGGAUUUCCAAACUGAAAAUCAGACAAGGGCUUUAAAGUAAAUCACAAGGCCUAUGAAUCAAUCCCAGAUUUUACUAAAAAAAGCCUAUUGGGGUCCCACUGCACUUUAAGGCUGGUUACCCUCAUCAUAUAAAAGUCUGUUUUCAAUUCCUCUCUUCUUUGUCCUUGCACAUACAAUGAGUUUUUAUCCUUGGCUACUCCUGUGCAAAACAGCAACUAGAUAAGAGCUAAACAAACGCUUGUAACAACCCCAAAAUCCACAAUUGUUCGCAUUUUGAAACAUGGACUUUUUCUGGGAUUUGUCAGUUAAUUUCGGAACCAGGCCUUUUUUCAGGGCUGCUGAAAGGCACUCCUUCUUGCGCUGAGGUUCUUCGGAGGGCAGGGACCUCUGCCUUUUUGUACCCUGAUUUCUCUGCAUGGCAGAAUUGGCCCCUGAAACGGUGAGGCCCUGGCCAGAGACAUCAAGGGCAACGGGCUGCUUGCCGUGAAGGAAGAGGAGGAAUUCUUGGUUUGGGGACGGCCAUUGGUCUUGCCCACUGAUGGACAGUGAGGCAGACAUGGGAAGCAAGGAAGGGAGCUCAGAUUUGGGGCCAGACAGAUGAAAGUAGCUCUCAGGAAGCCAAGAGCGCCCAGCCCAAACCCAAGGGCCAGUGCCCCAGGCCGGUCUGGCUGCCCGCCCGCCUCUAGAAAGACCCCUACAGGGAGCCAAACACCUCCUCGCGUGUUCCACUCCUCGCAUGUCCCACUCCUCGUGGCAUCAGGCGCUCCGUCCACGGGUGCCUUGCUUCUCUAGUGCAGGGAAAGGAUUUUGCAAAGGAAAUUUCGGAAUGCGCUCUGGCUCAGGAGAAGACCUUUGAAAGGCCCCGCGCCCUUCGCGCCAACUCUAGGGCUGGCACGAGCAGUUGGGCUGGGCAGGCAAGGCCCGGAUGAUGGCGAGGUGGUCCGGACAAGCCAGAGGGCGGUGGUGGUUUGCAAACGCUCUAGCCCCUGCAGCCGAGCCUCUCCUCCUGGAAGCCCCUGGCAGGCACCCUCGGCACCCCUUGCCCUCUUCCCUCCCUGCAACAUGGCUGGUGGCCACAACACCAGCAGUCCGUCUGGCUCGUCCUCCACUAGGCACUGCGUCUUGCGUUGCCUGAAGGAAGAGGCUCUUGGCUCUGCCAUUGGCCGGAGUGGUGCUCGCUGCCUCCCCGAUUGGCUGGGGAGGGCUGCCGCAGACGCUUGCAAGGUUGGAGUACCUCCCACUCCAGGACAGGUGAAGAUUUUCUGAAACAGAUUGGGAUUCUUAAGGCUACAGAGCACCUGGAUUCCUCAAGAUCAGGAACAGCAGGCAGGCAUGCUGCGGAACGUCUGAUUGUUGCCCCGUCCCAAAACUUGUUUUUCCUCUCUGAUCUGGGUUUCGCAACUCAGCAAGGUGGGAGGGGGCACGCCAACAGGAUGAGUGGGAGUGGGCUUGUCUUAAGCUCCCCAAUUUCAGAUGAAAGUACAGCCUUUAUGCCCUUGAAGCCCGUUACGAUGGCUAGGGAAUCCAGUGACGACAUGGCCGUCUUUGAAGACAUCAAGCCGCCCAUACGAAUCUUGGAGAAUCAGCAGGAUUCGGCACAGGCACGGACCGAAAUGGACAAGUACCUCUCUGGCCAAAUGCCCCCUGCACCAAUGGCAGCAGACAAGAAGUAUCGCCGAGAAAGUGCCUCCGUGGUGGACGAGUAUUUUUCCACUGAAAAGCCUCCAUCUGCACCGUACAGCGUCAACAUCAACGUGAUCCUUCCGAAUACCACGCACUUGCGCACGGGGAUCUACCGGCCCGCCAAGUCCCUUGCGCCCUUUCCCCAGAUCAAAAUGGAACCAGGCACCUGCUUUGCCCAGACCUGCCCAGCCAGCACCGGGGUGACUCAGACCCUGCCGGACUUCACUAGUGUCUUCAGUGUGCCACAGUCCGUGGCCACAAGCAGCAUCUUUGUCAAGCAAGAGCUCCCGUGCCCUGAAAUCCCCCAUUCGGUCAGCCCGCAGCCGGGCCUGCUUUACCAGCUGCCGGGGGACGUGGCGACCGUGGCCCAUUCCACCUGCGGCACCACAGCCACCAGCAGCAUCCAUGGGGUGGCCAUGUCCACCGGCAGCUCUGUGCUGGACUCCAGAGCCCUUCCCCGGCCUCUGCGACCAGCGGGGCAGCUCAAAUCUUUCCCGGCACCCUCCCAAGGCCUCAGUGGCUUCAAUGUGCCGGAGGAGUUCUACCCUGUCCCAGCAGUGAGCCUGCCCCCUUCGCCCCCCAACUCCCAGCCUGGCAGCCCCGAGAACCAGCCCACACCCCUCAACACCAUUUCGCCUCCGCCCCCCUAUGAGGCCACGUUCGAACUGAAGCAAGCCACCCCGGGCCAGAUCGCCUCUGUGCCCAGCACCCUCGGGGCCAUCACACAGGGACACCUCAUCCUGCAGACGCCCAAGUACAACCGGCGGAACAACCCAGAACUGGAGAAGAGAAGGAUCCACCACUGUGAUUAUCCUGGGUGCACCAAGGUUUACACCAAAAGUUCACACCUGAAGGCACACCAGAGGACUCACACUGGCGAGAAGCCCUACCGAUGCACCUGGGAUGGCUGUGACUGGCGCUUUGCCCGCUCGGAUGAGCUCACCCGGCACUACCGCAAGCACACCGGAGCCAAGCCCUUCAAGUGCCUGGCCUGCGGCCGCUGUUUCUCCCGCUCAGACCACCUGGCUCUGCACAUGAAGCGGCACCAGAACUAGACCCUGGAGCGCAGGCGCCCGGCAGGGCCACCCUGCUCCCCCCGCACAUAAGCGGCACAACUGCGUGGCGAUCAAAGGCUGUUCCCCAGGCCACCAACUUUGCUUUUUGAACGCCACAAACUCUGUGGAUGCCCAGAAAGGAACCCUGGGCUGGCAAUAGAAAAGGGCUUCUCCACAACUCGGUGGUGCUCCAGAAAACAGCCAAUGUAUUUCCACCUCCCUAAAACCAGCGAGUCUUCCCCAACGUCUCCCUCAGACUCGCUGGGCCUGGAGCCACAGGAAGACAUUGACUGUGGGGCUGCUGUCCAAAAUGCACUUCUUGGCUCUUCUGUGGUCCAAAAGUCACGCGGAAUAUCGGUGGCCUUGGCUUGCUUGAAGGAUCAAAGUGGUGCAAGUUAAAUUGUGGGCGUUGCUGUGUUUCUGCAGCCAAGAAAAAAAAAUCCUAACAUUUUACACCUAAAACUUCCUCAUUGGCAGAAAGACCUGGAAGUGGAGCUCUUUCUCUUCUUUUGCCAAAAAUUCUUGAAAAUGUAUCCAUAACUUCGUUGCUUGCCUUGGAGUCUAAUCCCUUUGUUAGAAAUGGUUUGGAUCACGGAGGGAGAAAGACCGCAUCGUGGAAGAUGCUCUCCUUGGCUGUCCCCUCGGCCUUGCAACGUGCACUGAGAAUCUACCCUCCGUGGGCAAGCGGAGGAAAAUGACUGCAAUAGAACGUUAACUUCUCUCUCUCUUCCUCCUUCCCUUUGCUGCACCAGAUUUAUGGAUUUUUCAAGCAACUGUGGAAACUGUUCCUAGUCAGUCUCCCUCUCCAGGGUUCCCCUACCUCGCAGUUGCACAGCCAUGCCAAACUCCGGUGGGAUGUUCUAACACACAGGAGAAGUUUGGUUCAAACUCCAAGUUAGAUGCAGCAAGGACAGCAGUAACAAAACAGAGAACAAAUGCUCCCAGGCUCUAAUACCUCACAGGGAUGUCUACGGGAGGUGCCCCUCUGUGCCACAGGAUCCCCCCACCUCCAGCCCCUUUGCUUGCGGAAGCCAACACCUUGGUUUAGUGGGACUUUCUCUGGAGAAAGCCAAAUGAGCCAUCUCUUGUGACCCGCACAUCCUUUCCUUUUAUGCUCUGUGUUUGAUCCUGACCGAGGGUGCCAUGCCAGUGUCUGCUUAUAAGCCAGCCAGCAGGGGGCGUUAAAGGCGGGCCUGAUUCCAAGGUUGGCAUGUCCCUCUUUGCCUCGAUUUUGCCCAGCGGGGCCCUUGGGCUUCCGUUGUCCCAUCUGCAGACUCUGUCAGCCUUGGGGAACUCUAGCCCAGAGCCUUUCACCAACCCUGGCAUAGCCAAGAGCUGUUCUUGGCUCUGCUGGGAAGGGCUGUGAGAGAGGCCAUGCACAGCAGCUGGCACAUGGGUGGGUGAGCUUAGUGCUUCUUCUGCAACAGACUGCACGAAGAGGUCAGUCCUGGUUGCCUCAUUUCUCUUUGGGAUCCUCAAUUUUGCUUGCACGUUUGUGUGCAUAUCAGUGGCUGGAGUCAGAGCUUGGUACAGGUCUCCUCUGAAUGACUGGCUGGCACCUCCUAACCCCCACAAAUGGCACGGCUGCUUCUCUGGCUGCAUCAAGGCCCAUUCCCCAACCAAAAUGUAGCUUCUGUUGUCCUGGCUGAAGUCUUGUUUUCCAUUCCAGUUAUGGAUCCUUGCAGUUUACAGGGAGAAGGGGAAGAGUGCUCUUCUUCAUAUAACACAUUAAUAUUGAACAUGAUUGCCUAAAAAGUGCUACAUUUGGCUAGAUUUAUUCUGUCCACAUGAAUGCUUCGUUUAUUUCAGCGAGCCAAGCACAUGCUAAAUGUCCAGCUAAAAAGCGAUGGGAUUUCAAAAUGCUUGUUUCGGAUCACAGCUGUGGUUGCUAUGGAACCAACCAAUUAACCAGACAAACUGCGAAAGUGAGACUUAGAAAAAAAAAAAGAUUUUUCAAGGCUUUAGCAAGUUUCAAGCUUGUGCAAAAGUUUGCCUUAAUUCUUACCACUUUUUUCAAUCACCUUCUCUAAAACAGCAGAUAAAUCUCUUUUCCUCUUCCUGAUCUCACAGAACUUUUCACUGUGCAGAUCAACCCUUUUUGAAGUGUAUUUGAAGCCAUCUGUAAGUGGAAUUGGGGAGGCAUCUUGGACGAAUGGGCUGGACUGAGUUGCCAUCUUGAAAACAUCCCUCUUCGUUUCGCUACCCCAAUGCUUCUUCACGGCACUUCCUUCACUGAUUGAUUUCCAGUCAACUUUUUGACUUCUCAAACACCCAACCGGUCUUUGUGUUCAGCUGAUGCAGCAGUGCGUGGAUCAGCCUUGCUACACAAUUCCUCUCUGAGAUCACACACACACUUUGGCCAGACCAGCUGGCGAUGUUGAUGUGCUCUCAGCAACCCACUAGAAAGGCCCACUAGGCAGUUCCAGGAGGCAGAGGAGGAUCUUCCGAUAGCAACCGGAGCCGUUUCUGGCCCCGCAUACCGGCCGUGGCUCCAGGGAGCCAGGAGGGGCUUUCACACCCCUGCCUGGAAAAGGCAAUUCAGCUCCUGCCCACUGUGAGCAUGGCAAGGCCAUUCAGUGCUACUCGAUGAACUAAAGGCCUUCAGAGUUCAGGGACACCCAGCGAAAGGAAACCCUGCGUGGAAGUGGGGCAUUUCUGGAGGCAUCCGACGCUGCCGUCGCUGGAAAGCUGGAGGAGCUCAAGGCCCGUGGACUCCCGAGCUCUCCUCUUGGUUGCCAGAGAAAAGCUGCCCCAGCCGGGCAACAGCGAAGCUCGAAUCUCUGCCUCCAUCCGUCACAAGCUCCCCAAACCUGGUUUCCAGGCAGGCAGAUCGGGGUGUCAGCAGAGCUGAGGAAAGAGCUGGACGCAGUCGGUAGGAAAAAGGCUUCAAAUGACCUCCUGUGGCUUCUUUGCUUCCCACCCCCCACCCCCCAAAGUGGGGAAUCUUUGUAUAGGAAAGAUGGUUGUACAGAUUUUUGUGUAUGCAACAUUAAAGGAUUAUAUUGCUUUUU